AUGGCACAGUUUUAUAAUCAAAUACGCUGCGAUCAGUUAACUGAUGCGGCACGUGCCACUUACAAUAAUUUAAAAACCGAUGUUUGUGGUGUAAAUAGCACUAAAUAUAUUUUAACAUGCUUCCACAUAUUUAUGCUAAUUGUUGGUUGCAUUUACAUUUGGCGUAGAUACCAAAAAUGCCAUAAAACUUUGCUAGCAUUUCACAAUUUGCGUGCAGCUAUAACGUUGCUGCUGCUAUGCGUUAAUAGUCUGGAACUGGCCAAAGGUCUCUUGCCACAACGCUCGGGCCAGGCGCUAAACGAGCUCUUUGAGUCAGCCCACGAGUCCGGUGAACUGAAUGUGCUGAUUGUCAUUGGUGCCGGUGACGUCUGGAACGCUUUGGCCGCCAUACUCUUCACUAUUAUGCUAAUGUCCUAUCAUCGCCUGCUCGAGCUCAAAAAGGUGACAGUCUUUUUGUAUGGCAGCAUUGUGCUGGAGUUCUUGGUUUUAAUUGUACGCAUCGAUGAGCUGGCCGAGGUUGUGUAUUACGAGGACCUCUUUGAGCUCGAGACCUGCCUGAUAACUGUCACGGUCCUUUGCCUGCUGUCUUUGACUGUCAUCGAUGGCUACACCAUUUAUAAGGAGCGCUAUAGGGAUGACUACUUGGAGGAUUAUGAGCGCAUUGGCUAUAAGCAUACGCUGGCCACCUUCUAUUCAAAGCUCUGCUUUUGGUGGCUAACCCCGCUGCUGUGGUUGGGCUACAAAGAGCCGCUGGAACUGGAGGAUUUGGGCCAAAUGCGUUUGGAGGACAGCGCCCGAGCGCACUAUGAUCAUUUUCUAUACAUCUAUACAGAGAAAGUGAAAAAAUCAAAUGCGUCCCCAUCUUUAUGGUAUUGUUAUAUAAAGAGCAGUUGGCGACUAUUUGUAUUGGGCGGCAUUUUAAAAUUGGCCGGUGAUUUAUUUGCAUUGAUUGGUCCACUUGCCAUACAGCAAAUAGUGCAAUACAUUGAAGGACUCUAUGCGGCAACCGAAGCGGCGGCCAAAGCACAAUCAGCCGCAGCUCAUACAUCAUGGGAUGCUGGAACUAGUCAAACGUUGGUCACAAAUGCAACCGCAAAUGUUGCUGCCGCUGCUGUUGUUCAUGAUGAUGUUGUUUACUAUGACGAUGAGGUCUACAGUGUUGGUAUUGGUGAUGGCGAUGUGAGAAUUUACUAUGCCAGAUGGUUGGAUUUGUUAACAAAUGGCUGGAGCAUUGCUUGGCUGGUGCUGUUGGCUGCAUUGGCGCAGGCCGCAUUGUCGCAGGCCUCAACGCAUGUGCUCAAUAUGACGGGCAUCAGGAUUAAAACAUCGCUACAGGGCCUAAUUUAUCGCAAAACUUUGCUGUUAAAUGCCAGCAGCGAUUCAGACAACAAUACGGACUCAACCCCAAUCCCAAUCCCAAUCCCCAAUCCGGAGACUGUGCAUCAAAAUGGCGACAGUAAAAUGGCAACUGGUAAUGCUAAGCCGGCUGCUGCUCCCAAUAUAGUUUUUAAUUAUUGUAUUUACAUCUUUGCAGGUCUCUAUGACAUUGGAACAAUCACAAAUCACAUGACUGGCGACACCCUCAACAUAAUGCAAUUCUUUUGGAUCGCCCACUAUGCCUGGGCUAUUCCAUUCAAGAUAGCCGUGCUCAUCUAUUUGCUGUACUUGAAAUUGGGACAGAGUGCGGUGAUUGGUGCCAUUGCUUGUAUACUGAUUAUAACGCCUUUGCAGUUUCUCAUUGGCAAUGCCAUGUCGAAGAAUUCCGGAUUAAUAGCGAAAUUCACUGAUGAGCGUUUGCAAAAAAUCCACGACACGCUGAUAGGAAUAAAGAUAAUCAAGCUGAAUGCGUGGGAUGAAGUUUUUUUGCGUAAGAUACAAACAGCGCGUAAGACUGAACUGAAGUAUCUGAAUAAAGAUGCACUCUACUGGACUUUAAUGACUAUUUUAACACACAUAUCGACCAUGUUGAUAACGUUUCUUACGCUGGCGUUUUAUGUGUGGCUGCCACAUGAUGCGGAGCUGGAUUUGAAUGCGAGUCGCUUGUUCUCAGCCUUGGCGCUGUUUCAGCAGCUGACAGUGCCGCUGCUGAUCUAUCCCAUAACGGUGCCCAUAAUUAUAGAAGCGCUGGUGUCGACAAAGCGCUUGGAGCGCUUCCUGCAAGCGCCCGAGAUACAAAAGCAAUUCGAGGGCAUACGCAAUAUGGCGCGCAUCUUGAGCAAGAGCGAUGCCUCCCUGGACAUGUACGAGACGCAGGAGAAGUCGAAUCUAACGCUGCGUACGGCUCAAGCAGAGAAUCGCCUCAAUGAGCAUCGCUUGGCAUUUGCGCAAUAAUGACGUUGUUGCCGUCCCAUAACGCCGCUGCUCCAGAGCACAGGCGAACCCAUGGAGGUCGCUUUUGAACUGGGUCAUCAUAAGAUCGUGCAGCAGCGUCGCGAACUGCUGCGCAAUACGCCAUAUGUGGCCAUACGGCCGCCCAAAUUAUGCGGCGGCAGCGCGGAAAAGCCGCUAGAGUUUUCCCUGCUGCGUGCUCGCAACACCGACAGCUGGCGCCGCGACUCGCUGCUGCUCAAAAUGCCCGACGACAUUGCAGUCUCAAUUAACGAUGGCCUCUUCAGCUGGCGACCCGCCCAGGGCAGCCUGCCCCAGGUGCAGUUGCAUGUGCCCGAAAUGGCCAUACCCAAGGGCAAACUUACCAUAAUUGUGGGCAAAAAUGGCAGCGGCAAGAGCUCGCUGCUCUCGGCGCUGCUCAUGGAAAUGCCGCUGGUGGCGGGCAACAUGUUCUGGCACAAGAACUGCACCAUUUCAUAUGUGCCCCAGAGUCCUUGGCUAUUGAACGAUACGAUACGCGAGAAUAUCUUGUUUGGGGAAUCGUUUCGGCCCAAGCGUUACGAAUUUGUGUUGAACGCUUGUGCCCUUAAGCCGGAUAUUGAGCUAAUGCCCAUUGGAGAUUUUACGGUUAUCGGGGAGCGUGGCAUUAACCUAUCCGGCGGACAGAAGCAACGCAUUGCCAUAGCGCGUGCAAUUUAUUCAUCGGCUAAUGUUGUUCUAAUGGACGAUCCGCUGUCGUCGCUGGACAAUGAGGUGGGCGCCCAUGUAUUUGAGCAAUGUGUGCGUCAAAUGCUUUUAAAAUCCAAUCGCUCCAUCAUACUGGUGACGCAGCAAUUACAGUUGAUCAAGGAGGCGGAUUAUUUAAUUGUGAUGAAAGCUGGACGCCUGCAAGCCUGUGGCAGCUAUAAGGACAUUGAGCUAAAGCAGCCGCACAUAAUCGCCAAAUGGAACUCGAUAAUUGCUAAGGCAAAUGCCACAGCCAAGGACCAACAACAAAAUCCUGUGGAACGCACGGCACGUGAACGCUGGAAAUUGUUUAAGAAUGUGAGCAAAUUGGGACUGCAACGUUCGAUAUCGAUGACAUCGGAGGCAAGUGGCGGCGGCGGCGGCGGCAACAGCAGCGUAGAUGCAACCGAUGGCAGCAACUCGGUGUCAGUUAAUAAUAUGCCAGGCCAUGCAGUUACGGAGGAUGAUGAGGACGAUGAUCUGCCGGCGGUAAGUGUCUCGUUUCCCGGUGGAUUACAAUCGCUUGGCAGCUUUAGUUUGCCACGCAAGCGAAACAGCGUCUAUGGCUCUAGGCAUUUGCUCUACGAUGUGCCGCUGCCCAUAGACGAGUGCCAGGGCGAUGAUGUGAUACUGCGACCACGACGUCGAUCCACUUUGCAUCGCAGGAACAGCAGCAUUAAAUCGCUAAACUCCUGGCACCGCUUGAGUGGCCUGAGCACGGCCACAACCACCUCGAAUUCAAGCACGAACAGCGGCGAUCUGCUGCGGCGCAGUGUGCUGACUGCAAGUUGCAGCAGCUACGCGGACAGCAGCAUUGAUGGCAGUGAGGCGGGAGGACGCAAUACGCCGCCACUUGCGAAUGUUGAGUUGAGCACACGUGCGCACUCCUGGCAGCCAGCACAGAAAGUGCCGCAUCAUCCGGUCGUGACGCGAAAUGUAUCCUCGCCGCCAGCUAUGGAGCAGACUGCUGAUGCCGCAGCAGUGACUACGCAGCCGGCGCUGGAGCAGAGCGCGACGGCAGCGACUCAAAGUCGCGGCAGCUUUCAGCAAUUUCUGCGACGCAUGUCGAUGCGACGCUCCAAUAAGCCGAAGCAUCAUCAUCGUCCGCUGAGUGCCACCAACUCCAUACGGAGCAUCUCGGAGGAGUCUAGUGCCAGCGCUCUGUUGCCAACAGUUGAGCCAAGUUCAUCGCCUGCCAUUGACAUGUCCAAUGCAACUUCACAGACAACUCUGAGUGCUGAACUCCAGACAUUGAUUAACAACAACAAGAUGAACGUGACGUCAGCAUCAAUGCAGCUGCAGUCGGUGGGCGUGGAGUCGGAAGAACAACAGAGCACAAUGUCAGGUGAUGCGGUGCCGACAACGACGGCGACGGCUGGGGGCACAUUGUUGGAAAAGGAUAUUGAACGCAAAUAUGGUCAAAUAUCGUUCAAUGUAUACGAGAUAUAUAUGCGUGCCUCUGGUUUACCCAUAAUCGUUGUCUUUUUUAUAACCGCACUAAUUUGGCAAUGUUUGCGUGUCUACACGGACGUUUGCCUGCAACAUUGGACAGACCAUGUGGCAUCAACGCCACCGAAUGUGGCACCGAUUGUGGACACGGACAUGGACAAUCACGAAGUCACGUACUAUUUUCGCAUAUAUGCAACAAUAUCGUGUGUUUGCAUUAUAAUGGCCAUGAUAUCAACACCGGCCGGACAAUGGGCCGGCUGUAAUGCGCGUCGUAAUUUGCACGAUAAACUCGCCCAAACGAUUUUCCAUAAAACUUUGCAUUUUUUUCAAGUGACGCCCAUCGGACGGAUUGUGAAUCGUUUCAGCAACGAUAUGGCGAUCAUUGAUAAGAAAAUCGCUGCAACGAGCCAACGCUUGCUGCAAUUCACAUUGCUGUGCCUGUGUGCGAUAUUGAUAAAUGUUAGCAUUACACCUUGGUUUCUGGCUCUCACCCUGCCCAUUUGUGGCGCCUAUUAUGCCAUACAGAAGUUCUACAGGUGUUCGGCGCGUGAACUGCAGCGCAUUGAGAAUUCAACCAACUCGCCGGUAAUAUCGCAUCUAUCGGAGACCAUACAGGGUGUGACAACAAUACGUGCGUAUAAUCAACAAGCACGUUUCACAGAGAUACUAUUUAAGCGUCUCGAGGCGAAUACGAUUGCAUUUACCAUUUUGAAUACAAGCCAUCGCUGGCUGGGCAUAUCCUUGGAUUACCUGGGUGGUUGUAUUGUUUUUGUGGCCAUUGUAACGGCACUGGCAACGGCAAGCGUCAGUUGCAGCAGUUUUCUAAAGGCAGCAACAAGAGCAACCACAGCAGCAACAACAGCAACGACGACGACAGCAGCAGCAGCAGCAAGUUAUGCCAUCAAUAAAAGCGUCAGCAGCAAGGAGCUAGAGUUAACGCCAACACCCUCGCUGGUCGGUCUGGCCAUAAACUACACGUUGUUGGUGCCGAUUUACCUUAAUUGGGUUGUAAAACUUUUGGCCGAUAUGGAGAUGUAUGCGGGCUCUGUCGAGCGCAUUGCGUACUAUGCACAGCAGCAACAGCCACAGCAGCAACAGCCACAGCAGCAAUCCCUGCACGAGGCCGAGCGAGAGCCUCAGGCAGAGCUUGAAGCACACACUGUGGAAAUCAGCAAUGAAGUCGAUAGGUUGCCUGCUCCUGCUGGUGACAAAGUUUGCCCAGGCGCAGCAGCAGCAACGUCAGCUGGCAUUGAUGUUGAUGGAGACGCUGCUGCUGCAGUCGAGACUGAGCCAGCAGCCAGCCAAGAUGUUGAUAAAUUAAAUGCAGGCAGUGCAGCCGGCAAUGGCAAUCACUUAAAGUUUCGCACACUUGCUGACAACUUGCAACAACAACACGAGCGGCUGACAACAACAACAACAACAAACAGCAGCAGCAUGCAGCUGACGAAAGAUAAAGAAAUGCCAACACUUGCUGCCGACAAGGUCGCCAUGUCUAAUGAGCCAGCUAAGCGCACCAAAAGCUACCAGAGUGUGCCAAUAUCCUGGCCACAGCAGGGGGAUAUAACGUUUGAAAACGUCAGUCUGCGUUAUGAGGGACAAAGGACGAAUGUUAUCAAUGGAUUGAAUUUAAAGAUACCAGCGGGUCAACGGAUUGGCAUCUGUGGUCGCACGGGCAGCGGCAAGUCCUCGCUGGCGUUAUCCUUGUUCGGUGUGCUGGAGACGACAAGUGGCCAGAUACGCAUUGAUGAUGUGGAUAUUGAGCAGAUAAGUCCAAUUGAGUUGCGUACCAGAUUGUCGAUAAUACCGCAGGAUGUGCAUUUGUUUAAUGCAACAAUACGUGAAAAUCUGGAUCCUUUGGGUUAUUAUUCGGAUUUGCAAUUGUGGAAUUGUCUGGAAUUGGCGCAGCUUAAGGAGUUUGUCAAUCUGCAGCUGCCAUUGGGUCUGGAUACUGAAAUCACUGAUGGCGGCAUCAGCUUAAGCGCCGGACAUCGCCAAUUGCUCUGCCUGGCACGUGCCAUUCUACGUGGCUCCAUUUGCCUUGUAUUGGAUGAAGCAACAAGUAACCUGGACAGCAGCACCGAGCGCGCUCUGCUCAAGGCGGCCGACAAGGCAUUCCAGGGACGCACAAUUAUAACAAUUGCGGGUAUAUUAACAUUUUUACUGCUUGCUCUUACUUACAUAAUGUAUAUGUAUGCGAAUAUUUCAAUGUUUACUGCUUCAACAAUUGUUGAGGAUGGCUCGCCGAGGCAGCUGCAACAGCAGAGCGACUCCUUGCUGCACGGUCUGUUGCAAAAGGGCGAUCAACUCUGAGCCACACACUCACAGAACAAAAAAGUAUUAAAAACUUUGAUUACCAAAACGCAAUCAACUGCAACUUAAUUAUUUAUAGUACUUAGCAUGUUAAGCGAUUCAUUUGAUAGCAUUUUAGUUAAGCGGACACGCUUUGAACUUUUAUUAAGUGUACGUACGUAUAUGUGAUUUAUAUUUUAUUCAAUACAUACACUAUAUGUUUUGUGUACAAUAAAAGAAGGUA